AUGAUGGCUAUUCAAGAACUUUAUCUGAGUGAUAAUCUUUUUAUAUUAGCUGAAAAUCAAGUUAGGGGCGAUUCUGGGUUGAAUGAAAUCGGAAAACUACUAGAUUUAAGGGUUCUAGAUCUUGGGUACAAUCUUCUAAAUGGAUCCAUAAGCAAAAGCCUUGGGCAACUUUCCAUCCUGCAAGUCUUGCGGCUUGCAGGGAAUUGUUUUGAUGGUGAUGUGAUUUCCGAAGCUCAUUUCUCAAAUUUCACCAAUUUACAGGAGUUGGAUUUAUCGUACACUUAUUUGAAUUUAAAAUUCAACACCGGAUGGAUUCCUCCUUUUCCACUGAGAAUUUCGGAUUUUCUUCCCUACUGGUUUUGGGACAAAUUUCAGGGAUUAUCGUACAUAAACAUGUCUUUCAAUCAGAUCAGCGGUACUUUUCCAAAUAACUCUGUCCACAUAAUCCAUCUAGAUCUAAGCUCUAAUAAUUUCUCAGGACCAUUGCCACGUUUUUCUUUAGACUUUAUGGAAAUGGGGACCAUUAACCUUUCCAAAAACAAGUUUACUUGUCCGGUCUCUCCAAUUUGCAAUAUUACUGGUGAAGGUUUUCUGGCAUUGUUUGAUCUCUCAAAUAAUCUAUUUUCUGGAGUGGUUCCAGACUGUUUUGGAAGUUUCCCGUUUUUAACAGCUUUGAAUUUGGGUGAUAAUAAUUUCUCAGGCUCACUUCCAAGAUCCUUGGGAUCUCUGAUUUCUCUUGAAAUGCUAAGUUUACGUGGUAAUAAAUUCUCUGGAGUAUUACCUUCAUCUUUACAGAAUUGUGCCAAGUUAAAAUUCCUGGACUUGAGUGAUAAUGAAUUAUCAGGAGAAAUACCUAUGUGGAUCGGUCAGAAGCUUUCAUCGUUGGUUUUUCUUAGCCUUCAAAGGAACCAGUUCAAGGGAAGAAUUCCCCAUCAACUUUGUGGAUUGAAAUAUCUACAUAUCUUGGAUCUCUCUGUAAAUAAAAUCUCUGGUACCAUACCAUCAUGCCUCAAUAAUUUCACUUCCAUGACAAAAAAAGCCAGUUUAGAUCGAAUGAUUGAGCAUCACAUCUUAGAUUCUGGACCUAAAUUGGUAUUUAAUGUGGGUUUGUAUGGUGGGCCUUUACCCAUCAUUCAGGUUAGAUAUGUUGAUGAGGCAUUGCUUACAUGGAAGGGAACAAAGCAAAGCUAUCCACAACUUGGGUUGCUACUAGCCAUUGAUCUCUCUUGUAACAAAUUAACAGGAGAGAUUCCUGAAGAAUUAAGUAGUCUUCGAGAACUGGUUGCAUUGAACUUGUCAAGAAACCUUUUUAACGGAAAAAUUCUUCAAAAGAUUGGGCAUAUAAGACAACUAGAGGUUCUUGACCUGUCAAGAAACAAGUUUUCAGGAAACAUCCCUACGAGCUUGUCUGAAUUAACAUUUCUAAGUACCUUGGACUUGUCUUACAAUGACUUGUCUGGAAAAAUUCCAACCAGCACUCAGCUACAGAGCUUUGAUCCUUCAUCAUUUUCCCAUAAUAGAGGACUUUGUGGUCCUCCGGUUUCACCGAAUUGCUCAAUGGUGGAACCAUCUCCUGGCAAACCUGCAGUAGGAGCCGAAGAAGAUUCUGAUGAGUUCAUGAAAUGGUUUUAUACUGGCAUGGGACUUGGAUUUGCUGUGGGUUUCUGGGGGUUUUGCAGUGUUGUGUUCUUCAAGCGUUCAUGGAGGCAUUCAUAUUAUCGAUACUUGGAUAAUGCAAAGGAUUGGGUUUAUGUUACAUUUGUUCUGCUGAAAGCAAGUCUUCUUUUUCAAGAGAAAUGUACCUAUGCUAGCGCGUGCAAAGAGAGUGAGAGAAAAGCACUACUUGAAUUUAAGCACAGCCUUCAAGCUAUGGGUUUUUCAAGCGACAACGCCAGUUCUUCAUGGAUAAGUGAGGAGUGCUAUCUAUGGGUUGGCGUCUAUUGCAACAGCUUUACAGGAUACGUUGAAAUGCUCGAUUUUAGCUACCAAUCUCUGGUCGUAGCAGAGGUUGAUAUCAGUUUCACUAAUAUGAGCAAUGCCAAUGAUUGGUCCUUAAUCAUUAACCAUCUUCCUUUGCUUCAAAAACUAAACCUGAGAGAUUGUGACCUUCCAAGCACCCCAUCUUCUUCUGUUUCCCUUACCAACUCUUCUACAUCUCUCAACACUCUCGAUUUCUCUGAUAAUAAUCUCCUUUCUUCUGCCAUAUAUCCAUGGUUGUUUACUGUUACUAGCAACCUUGUUUUACUUGACCUCUCAACGAAAAAUCAAGCUAGGGGCGAUUCUGUGUUAAAUAAAAUUAAAAAACUACCAGAUUUUAGGGUUCUAGAUCUUGGGUACAACCUUUUAAAUGGAUCCAUAAGCAAAAGCAUUGGACAACUUUCCAACCUGAAAGUCUUGCGGCUUCCAAGGAAUUCUUUUGGUGGUGAUGUGAUUUUCGAAGCUCAUUUCUUAAAUUUCAGCUAUUUACAGAAGUUGGAUUUAUCCUACACUUCUUUGACUUUGAAAUUCAACUCCGGAUGGAUUCUUCCCUUUCAAGCGAGUCAACUAUUGCUUUGCUCUUACAAGUUAGGGCCUCGUUUCCCAAAUUGGAUUCAGACUCAGAUGGAUGUCCUAAACUCUGACGUUGAUAUUUCUUCCAUAGUUUACCUUGAUAUUUCUGCUUUAGGAAUUUCGGAUUCUCUUCCUUAUAGGUUUUGGGACAAAUGUUAA